UUGACACAAACAUCCAAAUGACACUGGAAGUAGAUUUCUAUCAGCACAAGUUUAUUAGUUAUUGCAUUAAUAUACCCGAUCUGGCAACCCCAGUUACAUCAGUGGACUCACACCGAUACUAAGUUUCCUUUUCACGGAAAGAAAACUUUGAGACACACACACACACACACACACUGUACACACACACACACACACAAUCUUCAUGGCGUCCUCUCUGGAUGAAGACCUCUCCUGCCCGGUUUGUUUGGAGAUUUUUCAGGACCCUCAGCUCCUCUCCUGUGGUCACACGUUCUGCCGCAGAUGUCUCGAACGUCACCGUGGUGUUUUGCCCUUAUUCCACGCUGCAUGUCCCGUGUGUCAGCAGACGAUCCACCAGGAACCCGUGAGCAACCUGGCUCUGAGGAACACCUGCGAGUCCUACCAGAAGGAGAAAGAGAGAACAAGCGGAGAGGUUAAAUGUCCACAGCAUGGAGAGAAGCUGGUUUUCUUCUGCAGGGAUGAUGAACAGGCUUUAUGUUCUCAGUGUAGGAAACAGCGUCACAUGUCACACAGGGUUCAGUCUCUGAGACACUCUGUACUCCAGCGCAAGGACGAAGUCAAAGCAGCUGUCCGACCAGCAGAGAAGGUUCUGGAGUCUUUAAGGAACAACACAGCGCUCGAGUGUCAAAUCAAAAAGUGUAUCGAGUCUGAAUCAUCUGGAUCAUCUGAAACAUCUGGAUCAUCUGGCUCUCUGGAUCAUCUGAAUCAUCUGUAUCAUCUGGAACAUCAAUUCAACCACAUACAUUACAUCUCAGGCGAGCAGACGGAGAAGCAGAUAAAGAAGGAGUUUGAGAAGCUUCAUCAGUUCCUCAGAGAGGAAGAGGAGGCCAGGAGAGCUGAGCUGAGGAUGGAAGAAGAGCAAAAGAAAAGUAAAAUAGUAGAAUGGAUUGAACUCGAGUUACAGUCUCUCUCUGAUAGAGUGAUGGAGGUGGAAGGAGAAAUGGGGAAUGAUGACGUCACGUUCCUCGCGAAUUAUCACAGCACUUACAGACGGGCUCAAUGCAAACCGUCAGAUUCACAGCUGAACUCCGGGUCUGUGAUCGAUGUGACCAAACAUGUGGGAAAUCUGAGAUUCAGAGUGUGGGAGAAGAUGAAAGAUCUCUGUCCUUACUACCCAGUAAUCCUAAACCCAAACUCCUCCCACAUGGCUGUGUCUGGUGAUCUGGUGGGAGCGAGCGGCUCCGCACGCAGGUUUUACCCCCCAAACCCUCUACAGAAGGCUGCUAACCGUAUGGUUCUCGGAUCACAGGUCCUGAAGGGCAAACUUAACUGCUGGGAAGUGGAUGUGGGAAACGGCAAGAACUGGACCGUAGGUGUGUGUACUCGAAGGGGAGCUGAGAGUAACCAAACACAACCUUUAACCCCUCAUAAUGGGAUCUGGGGUGUCUGCAGAAACGGGGAUUUCUGUGAUCCCGUGGGGUCUUGGGGAUCUCGGUUUCAGAUAACCAAGCCUCUGAAAACACUGCGUGUGAAGCUGAUACAGCGUCAAGAUUUCAACAACGGGAAAAAAAUGUGGACUUUGAGUUUUGCUGAUGCAAGUGAUAAUUCAAGGAUCGUUUCUCUUGUUAUUGAUGAUGGUGUUGGAAGGGAGUUCAUUCCCUUUCUGAUCCCAGAGGACGUAAAUUCUCCCCUGCGCAUCGUUCCUGUAAAUGUAAACACCGUCACUGAGAACAAAUUCGGUUUCUUUGAGAGGCACAAGGAAAUGAUGCCAUUGUAUUUCAUGGUGUUCAUCGUGUUGUUAAUGGUGAUGAUGUUGGGGUUCAGGGCCUUGUUCACUUCCCAGUCUGCAAAAUGAUUGUAAAAUGUUUAUUCUGUAACGUUUAAAUGCCAUAAUCUUGUGAUCUUGUAACCUUUCACUUCUGCACAUUCCUCUUCAAUGCCAUAGCUUUAGAACCAUUUCUGUAAUUCUGUCAUUUUUAAUAAUGUCCACACAUCUUGCACUGUAAUAACCUUUAUAUUUAUUGACUGUAUAUUCUUUCAUAUAUACCACUUGCUGUAAAUAUGCUAGAUAUUUAUCUGCACUUUUGCACGGCUGCUAUAUUUUGCACUUCUGGUAGAUGCCAAACUGCAUUU